AUUGCGGAAAACCCUUCCUACAAGAAGACUAUCGAUAUUUGUCGGACACAAGAGCAAGGGAAACAGCAGUUUCGUGAAAUCAGUGAAGCCGCGGAGACAGAGCAGGACAAUGCAGUUAACGUAGUCGCAAAGAAAGGCGAUGCCUGCGGUAGCUGCGGCUAUCGCGCACACCGCGGCGAAAAAUGCCCCGCCACCGGUAGAAGAUGCAAUAAGUGCGGAGGGUUUAACCACUUCGCCCGAGCAUGCAAAUCGGCACCGCCUUCGCGAAGCUUUCCCCAUAAGAAGAAAGAACUACGGGAACUAUGCGCAGACGACGAUUUUUUUCUGCAAACAUUAACGGUGAGCGCGGUUAACACAGACCACUGGAGCGCGACGGUAGAAAUUGAAGGCCAACCAAUGACAUGCAAAUUAGACACGGGGGCAAACUGCUGCGUCAUUUCAAGGAGGGACGUCGCAAAGCUACCGGAUCUACCAGAGCAAGCUUGCCGGGUUGCGCUAACAGCAUUUUUCGGCCACAAGUCAACCGCCCAAGCAAAAGUGCGCCUGCGGCUUUCAGCCAAUGAGAGGGUGGUCCCCGAAACAUUUUACAUCAUAGAGCAAAAUGUACCAGUGACUCUGAGCGGUUCAGUGGCCCAACGCCUUGGAUUUAUCUGCCGGGUACAGCACAUCGAGGUCGAUGAACUUUACCCGCCCGCACAACCUUUUGCAGAAGUAUUCUCGGGACUAGGUGAGCUCAAGGGCUACGAGUACGAAAUAAAACUCAAGCCUGGCGCCGUGGGUGUCAUCGUACCGGCUCGGAGAAUCCCCGUGGCCCUGGAAGGCAAGACUAGAGCGGAACUUCAGCGUAUGGAAGAUCAAGGCGUCAUAACAAAGGUAACUGAGCCUACAGAAUGGUCCAGCCACAUGGUUACCGUUGUUAAAGGAGACAAAGUUCGAAUUUGCCUGGAUCCAACGGCGCUCAAUCAAGCCAUACUCCGUGAAAACUAUCCCAUGCCAACGUUAGAGGAUGUCGCUCCUAGGCUUGCCGGAGCAAAAUUCUUUUCCACGCUUGAUGCAGCUUCAGGGUUUUGGCAAAUUCGGCUUAGUGAGUCGAGCUCCAAACUUUGCACCAUGAGCACUCCGUAUGGUCGCUAUCGGUUUCUUCGCAUGCCGUUUGGAAUAGCUUCGGCCCCAGAAGUUUUCCAAGCAGCAAUGCACCGUGUUUUAGAAGGCUUGUCCUGUGUGGCGGUUGUGAUGGAUGACGUAUUAGUAUGGGGCAGAACUAAAGACGAACACGACUACAGCUUAAAACUUGUGUUGUCCCGUUGUCAACAGCACAACCUUCGACUUAACCCAAAGAAGAGUGCGUUUCUGCAGCCGGAGGUCCGGUACCUGGGACACAUCCUCACUACAGAAGGCCUACGCUUGGAUCCGGAGAGGGUACAAGACAUACUUGGAAUGCCUGAACCAUCGAACAAGAAAGAACUGCAAGUAUUUCUUGCCUCAGAAGCGCGUCUAAAAAGUAUUCUCGCAGCAACAAACAACGAUACCGUUCUCUCCCAGCUGCGGGAAUAUGCGCUGACCAGUUGGCCUGACAACAAGCACGAGGUUCCAGAAGUAAUCCGCCCCUACUGGCCUUAUCAGGAGGAGAUACACGCACAGGAUGGUCUUCUAUUUCGCAGCAACAAGGUGAUCAUACCAAGUUCGAUAAAAGCAGAAAUAUUGGCUCUUUUGCACGUUGCACACCCCGGUGCCGAUAAGAUGAAGGCACGGGCACGAAGCGUCAUGUUCUGGCCCUGCAUGGCAAGCGACAUAGAGCAAUUUUGCCGAAACUGCAAAGUGUGCCAGAAGCAUCAGCCACGAAACGCAAAGAUGCCGCUUUUGAGCCAUGAAGUUCCAAACUUGCCCUGGGAAGCUGUAGGAAUGGACCUAUUCUUUUACGGGGGCCGACAGUUUGCCAUUAUUGUCGACUUCUAUUCCUUCUUUUUUGAAAUAAAGGAAUUUCGCCACACCACUGCUAACCAGCUGAAGUCUUGGUGCGCCGAACUUUUUUCGGUUCAUGGAUUACCGCUUAAGCUGUGCAGCGAUAACGGGCCGCCAUUCAACAGCACAGAAUUCAAAGACUUUUUAUAUGGGCUCGGCAUUAACCACGUAACGUCAAGCCCAUAUCAUCCACGGUCCAAUGGUAUGACGGAGAGGGCCGUGCAAGAAGCCAAAAAACUACUAAAGAAGUGUUCUCUUAGAACGCCAGAUUUCCACAUGGCUCUGCUUGAAUGGCGUAAUACUCCACGCGAUGCUGUUUUGAAGUCCCCUGUGCAGAGACUGAUGGGAAGGCAGACGAGGACCCUGCUGCCUGUACCCGCAAGCCACCUGGUGCCGGAGAUUGUGCCCAACCGAGCCGUCCAUAACCGUCUCCAGGAAAUCCGCCAACGCCAGAGGAUCUACUACAACCGCCACUCCAGGAACCUGCCACCCCUGUCUCCUGGCCAGAGAGUGACUGCAUACGAUACCCAUGAGAAGACCUGGGCACCUGCGGUCUUUCUGAGGCCAGCUGAGACGCCGCGCUCCGUGGUGCUGAAGACUGAAGAGGGCCACGAAAUUAGGCGCACUCGUGAACAUCUGCGAGACGCGCCUUCACAUCCCGAAGAGAAUCCUUGUGCUGGGUCCGAACGACUAGACGACGCCCAGCCCGCCCAAGAGCUACGUAGAAGCACAAGGCCACGCCGGGAGCCUUGCCGCUACCCCCAACCAGAAAGACCAUUGUAAUUAUUUGCUUCCCUAAGAAAGGGAAGAUGUAGCAUGGCUGAGUCACUCUGACGUCAACAGCCAUUUUGUUAAAAUCACGUGACCUGUUACGUCACAAUUCUUUCCUAUAUGUACUUCGUUCCAACCGCAAUAAACGUUGUUCGUCACCCGACUGCCGGCCCG